CGCUACUACUGCAACAGCAAAUACUAGCAUCGCAAACACUAAUGCUGACACUGAAAUGAUAGUUAUGGCUAGCUCCUCACAGAAACCUGCGAUUGGCCAAUCAGCGGCUUUGUCUCAGUCGGUUGUCUUGCCUUCCAACCAAUCAAAAGAGAACAUGAAAAAAGUCAUCUACUUAUUUGCUAGGACCAGCAGAGACAAGGGUUGGAUAUCAUAACUUCGGGCCUCGAGAUGGACGUAGCGCUGCUGCAGACCACGUACAAUGCUUUCACGUCGCUUAACGCCCACCAGCAGCUUCAGCAGCAGCAGCAGCAGCAACAAACAUCAACUUCAAACAACAUCGACUAUUCAAAACUGCCGCCCGAACUCAACCUCUUCCAUUACGCUCUCUACAUGAGCAGGACAAUCGGCAAGCCUCAAGAAGUUUACACCAACAAAGAAUUAACCAAAAACAUCGCGAAAUCACAAGAAUCUGACCUGAUCAAGAAGAUGAACCAUGUCAAACGAAAAAUUGACGAUGAAGAAAAAGUCAAAAAGGGCAAAACCAAGCAGGAUAAAGUUCAAUCGACUUUUACCUCGAGGCCCAAAAAUCCCUUUUUCAAAAAUUCAACUAGCCAUAUUUCCAUUGCACCGUCUGCAACAACUUCAGCAACGCCAACUGACGCAGACGCGUACGAGGAAAUCAUCACAGUAUCUGAUGACGAAAUGGCGGCAGCAGCAGCAGCAGCAGCAACAGCAGCAGGCUUAGAUGAAACGAGGUCCAGCAAGUAUGAAAAGCAGCCACAACAACAACAACAGCAGCAGUUUCACUUUCAGUUUCAUCCUCAUCGAAGGAAUUCCCCGACCAGAUCGAGUCGUAACUUGCAACAGCUGCAACAGAAGCAGUCGUCAUCCCAUUCCUUACCCGGGACCUUUUCGACGACGGAUAUGUUUGAUGGAGGAUGGAUGAAUGCAGGCCUCUGUGAUCCCCAGCUACUCUGGCUCAAUACUCUCAUAUCUAGGUUGUUCAUGGAUUUCUUGAGAGAGAGAUAUUGGGUUGAAAAAAUUCAAGAAAAAAUUGAGAAGAAGCUGAGUAAGAUACACGUGCCACACAUCAUGGACCAGUUAACAGUUACGGGGAUCGACCUGGGGUCGAAUGUGCCGGUGAUCUGCAGGUCGCACAAGCCCUACCUGGACGACAGAGGCUUCUGGGUCGACCUCCAGGUUUCCUACCCGGGCGGAUUCUGCAUCACCAUGGUCAGCAAGUGCAACCUCAUGAAGCUGAAACAUCCCAAGCAAAAACCAGCACAACCACAACAAAAUAUCGCGAAAGAUGGCGAAGUACUCGUCAGUAAUGAAGAGGUUGGUGCGAACAACAACACUGCUUCUAAUACGACAGUAACUACCGCUACUACAGCUUCAACGCCUGGUUAUGUUAGCGCUGUUAACGCAAAAAAAAAUGAUGCUCCUGCUAAGAAAAUCGCGGCACUCGACUCAGAUGAUGAAGACAGCGCAGAGUCAAGCACCGAUGAAGAGUACCCGCUGGUCGACGAGGGAGACGAGGACGACGUCGAUAGAGCUGUCACUUCCGGGAAACAAGUGCAGCCAAUAGGGAAGAGGAUUAUGAAGUUAGUUGAUCGCAUAUCGCAGUCUAAGUAUUUUCAACAGGCAGUUGAAAUGAAGUAUAUCAAAAGAGCUCUAGAAGAGGUCUCAAAUACGAAGCUAGAGUUGAACGUUGAAGUGAAAUCAUUGGUUGGCAGCCUGGCCAUCAACAUACCCCCACCACCAACUGAUCGGCUCUGGUACGGAUUCAGAGGGAACCCUAUAUUUGAAUUGGCCGUCCGUCCAAGGGUGGGUUUGAGAGAGGUCAGCCUGAAGCCGGUCACUGAUUGGAUAGAAAAAAAACUGUCGCUAGAAUUUCAGAGAUCCUUCGUAAUGCCCAAUAUGGAUGAUUUCAGGAUACCAUUGAUGCUUGAUCACAUGACCUCAUGACCUCAUGACCUCAUGGUGACGUCAUUACGACGACGACGAUGACGAUACGUAGCGAUGAGGAUGGUAAUUAAUGUGAUAAAUUUAUUUUUUUAUCAUUGAGGUCCUUCAUGUUGUCUUGUUAUAAUGACUGACGUAAAAUUAUUUAAUUGCUUUGUUAAUUACUUACAACUGAUGUUGUAUAUAAUAAUAAUAAUAAUAAUAAUAAUAAUAAUAAUAAUAAUAAUAAUAACAAACAAUAAUGAUAAUGGUCAUUCCAAUAAAGCUUUCCAUAACUUUAGUGAUUGUACUGCUUAAUAUAUAUAUAUAUAUGAACAUAUGAUAUCUAUAUUUUUACGUGUGACGAUGUAUGUAUGUAUGUAUGUAUGUACAACAUUUUUGAAUGCUAUAAGAAUAUAUAUAUUUUAUAAUAAUAUUAUUAAAAUAUAUUAUGUAUAUACAUAUAUAUGUAAAUAAAUUUACAAAAAUAUAUAUAUUAAAGCGUAGAGGUCUCUUUUGGGUGCACUAUUGCUGUGAAUGUUUCAAUUGUAUUCUCUUGUAGUCAAGUAAGAUUAAAAUAUACACACACAAAACACACACACAACUAGCACACAAACACAGAGCAAUAUAUAUAAUAUGUAUAUUACGUCUUAAUUAUUAACAAUAUUUUAAUCUAUAAUAAUAUCAUUUCGUUCUAUUUGGUGUUCAGUUUUAUUUUAUUUAACAUCAAAUUAAUGAAUAAAUUAAUCAGAGGCACCUGAAGACUUCGAUGGUUCUUUUGCAUAUGGAGCAGACAACGGUACAGCACCAUUUAAAAGUGCAUCUACACUCUUCUUCAAUUAUUUCCCGCCUUUUUUCGAAGCCUCGGCCACAACAUAGAUACUCACAACUGCCAAUUUUCGCUAUCGAUUUUUGUGUCUUUGUUGUUGGAUCGUUGUUACUUCUGCUACCAACGCCUCUACUGCUGCUACUACUAUUACUACUUCUGCUGCUACUUCUUAUACCACUAGUACUAUUACUGACUGGAGGAUUACAAAUCCGGCCCUGCGUUCCCUCAAUUCCUUUCUUCACGUUUCUAGUGCAGAAGUCCAAGUUUUUCACCGAGUAGACGAGGGAUCUGCGCUUGAUUUCUGACAACAACUCAGCAUGAAGACGAUUUGUUGUUGAUGAAGACGAUGAGGACGAUGACGACAACGAUGGUGUUGCGUCAACUUCGACAUAAUUUCUACCCCUCCCACCCCCAUCUUCAUCCUCACCAGCGGCCACCACCAUCGUCAUCAGCAUCGACUCCCCAUCUUGAUGGUGGUCAUUAGAAGCUGUGACCUGAACUGCCUUCUCGUAGACUUUUCUCAACUUCUUGCCUACCGUUGCAAAGGUCGGCAGUUUCUGCCAGCAGGU